AUGCAUUCCAUUCCCUCGAAAUCAUUUCAUCCCUCCCCCCUGUUUUUUUCCCAUUCCAUUCUCUCUUCACCCUUCAUUAACAACACGUCAACACCACAACUCACUACCGUUGCCACCACCCACCACCACUGUCAUCCGCUGCCGUCACCCACCUUCGCCGCCACCACCGUCACUCGCCACCGCCGUCACCCGCAACCGUCAUUGCCUCCACCCACCUCCAUCCCCGCCACCGCCGUCGCUGCCAUCCACCAUCGUCGUUGCCACCUCCGAUCAUCGCCACCACCCACCUUCGAUCAUCGCCACCACCAUCGCCGUUGCCACCUCCGAUCACCGCCACCGUCGCCACCCACCUCCGUCAUUGCUAUCAACCACCACCACCCACCGCCACCACCGUUACCACCUGCCACCACCGUUGCCACCGCUACCACCUCUGACCACCGCCGCCACCCACCUUCACAGUUAUCCACCACCACCACGCACAUGGGCCGUGAACCUUGGGCCGUGAUCACUAACAAUAAAACAACCAAUUACUGGUUUAUUGGGGCGGUUACAUGGGCCGAGAACACCAACAAAAAUCAAUUAAAGCCCAUUGGGUCACUUGGGCGGUGUACACAACCAAUAGAUGCCUUUUGA